AAGGAUAAUUUGUGUUAUUUGAGUAGUAUCAGGCAAAGAAGUAAUGAUAAACAGGAAACGAUAAAUAAUACGUGCAUGUUUGUGGGUGUCAAAAACUAGAAUUGUGUUUAAGAUAAUGGAUAUAUGCAUAACAAUUAGCAUGUGAAAGUUAACGGGUACAAUAUUAAUACGUCAAACUGUUAAAAAUAUGGGAAACUCGGAAAGUUCACAUAGUACUGGAGUUAAUCAUAGUCAUAUGGCUUCGUUACGAAAACAUUCCGGAGUUGAUGGCAUCAAAAUGCCCAUGCCAGAACGAAAUGAGUUAGAAAGAAGAUUCACUUUAGUUUUGGCUUCCAUGGAUCUUCCUCCAGAUAAAGCCAAACUUCUGAAGCAAUACGAUGAUGGAAAGAAGUGGGACAUGAUCUGUGAUCAGGAGAAGGUGAUGGCCAAAGAAUCUCCAUCCUUUUACCUUAGGAAGCUGAAGACAUAUCUAGAUCCUAAAGCUUCUAGAAGUUCGCGGAAAAGAAAAUUUCUUGGAGAUGCUUCAUCAACACAAGUUCUUCGGGAUCUUGAGAUCUCCUUAAGGACAAAUCACAUAGAAUGGGUUCGAGAAUUUCUGAAUGAGGAAAACAAAGGGUUGGAUGUCCUCAUAGACUAUUUAGCAUUUCGACUUGUGAUCCUUAAACAUGAACAAACUUUACGAGAUACCCAUGUUCAUGAUGAUCAUGAUCAUGAGAAUGGAACAAUUUCUAACGGUUACCCAGCAUCACAUCAUUUCAUCCUAGAGUUUGAUACACCAAAGAUUAGAAGAGCUUCUAGACAUAUAGCAAAACUAAACAUGGGGGAAGCUAAGGAUGAUAUUCAUGUUUGCAUCAUGUGCCUUCGAGCUAUCAUGAAUAAUAAGUAUGGUUUCAACAUGGUGAUAGAACACACUGAAGCCAUCAACUGCAUUGCUUUAAGUCUCAACCACAAAAGUUUAAGAACAAAAGCCCUUGUUUUGGAACUUUUGGCAGCAAUCUGUCUAGUGAAAGGGGGCCAUGAAAUUAUUUUGAAUGCUUUUGAUCAAUUCAAAGAAGUUUGUGUGGAAAGAAGAAGAUUUGAAACACUUAUGGAAUAUUUCAUGAACUAUGAAGUUUUUAAUAUUGAUUUCAUGGUUGCAUGUAUGCAAUUUAUCAACAUAGUGGUACAUUCUGUAGAAGACAUGAACUUCCGAAUACACUUGCAGUAUGAAUUUACACAACUUGGAUUAGAUGACUACUUGGAGAAGCUUCGUCAGUCAGAAAGUGAGGAACUUCAGGUUCAAAUUUCUGCAUAUCUUGAUAAUGUGUUUGAUGUUGCAGCCCUCAUGGAAGAUUCUGAAACAAAGAUUACAGCUCUAGAACAAGUGGCAGAAUUGGAAGAGCAAUUGUCUAGAGCAAAUGAAGAAUAUUUCGAGAUGGAGAAUGAAAUGAAUGCAAGACUAGUGGAGCUUGAAACUGAGCUAGAAUGUGUACGCAAGGAAAAAAAUGAUUUACAGGAAUUGCACCAACAAACAGAUGAAGAACUUAACACCUUACGCCAAGCUGUUAGACAAAAGGAGGAAGAAUCUCUCCAAAGACAGAGUAUAUUGGAAUCAAAGAUAGAAGAGCUUGAAAUAUAUCAGAAGUCUUUGCCCAGAGGGACUAGUUUAUCUGAAAUCUCUGGUGGUGUGAGUGAAGGAAUAAUUGUUCCAAAGCCUCAACCCCCACCACCACCCCUCCUCCUCCUCCUCCACCACCAACACCACCACGUGCUUCUCCAUCACUCCACACGAAGUUGCUUUUUGCAUACUUUAAAAAGAUUAUUGUUUCACAUUUAUAAUCGUUAUGUUUUUGCUGGUCACAGUUUCCAUUUGUUUUUGUUUCUUGCAGCCAUGACAAUCAAAAGAAGAUACCAGACCAAAUACAAACUUCCCACCCUUAACUGGACAGCACUAAAGCCUAACCAAGUAAAAGGAACUGUGUUUAGUGAGCUGGAUGAAGAUAAGUUGUAUAGAGUUAUCAACUUCUCUGAUUUUGAAGAACAUUUUAAGCUUAGUCAACAAGGUGGUUUUACUGAUCGAACAGAUGAUAUUAAUUGCAGUAAACGUUUUAAGGUUCCAGAGAAAAUAACAAUGCUAGAGCACAAUCGUCUGCGGAAUGUGGCCAUUUCUCUUCGCAAGUUGGAGCUACCCAGUGAAACAGUGGUACGAGCAUUAAAUGCUUUGGACCUGAAGAUGUUGAUCCAAGAAUAUGUAGAGAUAUUGUUGCGAAUGGUGCCAAAUGAAAAGGAGGUAAAAGCUUACAGAGAAUAUGAAAGACAGAGAAGGCCAACUGAUGCCUUGACAGAUGAGGACAAAUUCCUCCUAUCGCUUUCCAAAGUUGAGAGACUGUCACAGAAACUUAACAUCAUGAGUUACAUAGCAAGUUUUGGUGAGAAUAUUCAGCUUAUCACACCGCAAGUUCAUUCCAUCAUCACAGCUUCAAGAUCAAUAAAGAAUUCCAAGAAAAUAAGAAAGAUAUUAGAGAUAAUCCUAGCAUUUGGGAAUUAUAUGAAUGGAGCUAAAAGAGGGCCAGCAUAUGGAUUUAAGUUACAGAUUCUAGACAUGCUAGGGGAUACAAAGUCAGCAGACCGGAAAAUUUCUUUACUUCAUUACAUAGUGGAUACCGUCCAGAAUCAUUUUCCAGAUGUUGUCAGUUUUGAAUGUGAACUACGAUUUGUAGAGAAAGCUGCAGGAGUCUCUCUAGAGAACAUCCAGAUAGAUGUCAGCGAGUUGGAGAAGGGGCUAGAGUUGUGUAAGAAAGAGCUUACUCUUCGUGGUGAUGCUAAAGAUGCUGCUGUCUUGAGAGAGUUUCUAUUAAACAAUGAAGAGAAGUUAAGGAAAUUAAAAGCCAACACAAAAACUGCACAAGAAGCCUACUCUGACUGUGUAGAGUACUUUGGUGAAAGUGCACGAACUGUUGCUGCUAACACUUUCUUCACUUUCUUUGUUCGGUUUUCAAAAGCAUUCAAGCAAGCACAACAGGAAAAUGAGCAGAGAAGGAAACAGGAACAAGCUGCUAAGGAGGCAAAACAAAAUCCUCCAGAAAAAGUAAAGAAUAAAAACUACGUAAAUGCAAGAAAAAACACUCAGGAUGCUGUAAUUAAUGAACUGAAAAAUAAAGCACGACAAGUCAAAGAAAAAAGGUUAUUAAAGCAAGAUGAGGUUUAUAAUGGGGCUUUAGAGGAUAUACUUCUAGCCUUGGCAAAAGAUGGUAUGAAACUUCUUACCUUAGAAUUUUCAUAA